AUGCCAAUAGAGUGUACUCGUUGGUUGCUGUCAAAAAUAGUCCGAGCAGCAGCAAAUGCCAAUAGCGACCACUCGUUGGCCGCUAUCAGAAUUGUCCCGAGCGGUAGCAAAUGCCAAAAGCGACCACUCACUGGCCGCUGUCAGAAAUGGCCCAAACGUGAGCAAAAACGACAGCUGAGGGCGCAACAAAAGCUGAAACAGAAAGCGGAGAAAGAUGCAUUACGGGCUGCUGCUGCUGCUGCAACAACAGUGGUGGAAAAAACGAAACAAGACGAAAAAGUGGCCGAUCCAUCCGAUCCACAGGAGUAUUUCAAACUACGUGCUGCAAUGAUUGAGGAACGGCGCAGCAAGGGUAUUAAUCCGUUUCCGCAUAAAUUCCACGUUUCAAUUGCACUGGCCAAAUUCAUCGCCCAAUAUGAUUACCUCGAAAAAGACGUCAUUCUGGAAGAUGUGGUGCACAGUGUCGCCGGACGAAUUUUCUCAAAGCGUGAAGCGGGCGGAAAACUGAUUUUCUACGAUCUUCAUGGUGAAGGGACUCGCUUGCAAGUGCUUGCAAAUGCCCGGUGA